GACGCCCCGCCCCCGCGCGGCGCUGCGGAACCGGAGCUCCGGGCGGCGUCGGCAGAGGCGCGGGAGGUGGCGAGGCCGGGGCAGGGCGGCAGGAGCCCGCGCGGCGACCGCAGCGAGAGCAGCAGAGACAGAGCAGACCACGACGAAGGCGCACAGGCAGCCGGGCCGGGCCGGGCCACCGGGAGAGCGGCCGCCGGGAAGCGGGCAGAAGGCCGGGCUGGCAGCUGACAGCCGCCGAGCCGCGAAGCGACAUGGUGCUGCUCAAGGAGUAUCGAGUCAUCCUGCCUGUGUCUGUAGAUGAGUACCAAGUGGGCCAGCUGUAUUCUGUGGCUGAAGCCAGUAAAAAUGAAACUGGUGGUGGGGAAGGAGUGGAGGUCCUGGUGAACGAGCCCUAUGAGAAGGACGACGGUGAGAAAGGCCAGUACACACACAAGAUCUACCACUUACAGAGCAAAGUACCCACAUUUGUUCGAAUGCUGGCCCCAGAAGGAGCCCUGAAUAUACAUGAGAAAGCCUGGAAUGCCUACCCUUACUGCAGAACCGUGAUUACAAAUGAGUACAUGAAGGAAGAUUUUCUGAUUAAAAUUGAAACCUGGCACAAGCCGGAUCUUGGCACCCAGGAGAAUGUGCAUAAACUGGAGCCCGAGACAUGGAAACAUGUGGAAGCUAUUUAUAUAGACAUUGCUGAUCGAAGCCAAGUACUUAGCAAGGAUUACAAGGCAGAAGAAGACCCAGCAAAAUUUAAAUCUUCCAAAACAGGUCGAGGACCUUUGGGCCCAAAUUGGAAGCAAGAACUUGUAAAUCAGAAAGACUGCCCAUAUAUGUGUGCAUACAAACUGGUUACUGUCAAGUUCAAGUGGUGGGGCUUGCAGAACAAAGUGGAAAACUUUAUACAUAAGCAAGAGAAGCGUCUGUUUACAAACUUUCACAGGCAGCUCUUCUGCUGGCUCGAUAAAUGGGUUGAUCUGACUAUGGAUGACAUUCGGAGGAUGGAAGAAGAGACGAAGAGACAGCUGGAUGAGAUGAGACAAAAGGACCCCGUGAAAGGAAUGACAGCAGAUGACUAAUGCCACCCACCCCUUCUGCACUUUUUGCAAGACAGUGGUCAACAGGAAGGCCCAGCAGCUCCACCCUCCUGAGUGGCAGGCCGUCUUUGGAUGCAGCCUUUCUGUGCUCAUUCUUCAGGCAACUUUCAGUCCCUUACUGUAGCUAUUUCUAGAUGCCCUUUAACAUUGUGAACAAAUAGACCGUCUGGUAUUACAAAGCCUGUGUGUGCGGGAGCCUGAUCCUCUAAGAUAUAUGGUGUACGCUGCUGUAUUUACAGCUCACCCCCUCUCCAUUGUGUCCUGACCCAUUUCUGUAUGCCUCCCCCUUUAUUUCCAAGUGACAUUUUUAGUCUUUCAAACUAGCUGCCUUUUGUGAUAUUAUUUAAGCUCACUUAUUUCAGCCUUGGGAUAAACUGAGCUAUUUUGCUUCCUGGGCAGAUCUUUGGCAAUGUUAAGUAUUCACUUGGGGAGAGAGGAGGAGUUAAAAAUUCAGAGAUACCUGCCCCCAGUUCCACACAUUAGGAAUGUGGCUUCCUAAUCCUGACCUCUGCUCCUCGUAAUCUCUUGUUCGAGUGCUUUAAGCAUCAAGAAGGUACCCAAGGCCCAGCCAGUCUAAGGAAAUUUAGCAAAUAAUAAAUAACCCCUACUCAAGUCAUUGCAUCUCUGGUUAAUAUUCUUAGAUAUCUUGGCUUCUCAGCCCUCCUCUUGCCCACUCUGUCUGAAUCUCUUUGCAGAGCCUACAAGAAACCCAUCAGUCCCCACCUGGAGAAUGUCCAGUGUGGCCUGUAGACGCCGAUCAGACCCCUGAGGAGCUCUGUAUGUCCAUGCUCCUCUUCCCUUUUGGGCUGGUGCUGCCACUCAGCAAUAAUCCUAUCUGUGCUUUCUUAGGUCCAUGUCCUCUUUGAGGCUGGUUAGGAUACAAGAGUCCUGGUCUUUUCAUGCUGCAUAAAACAAGCAUGCCGAAAACUUUUUCUUCCCUAGCAAACACAUCUCUUCCUGUUUCCAAUCCCUGGAGAGGAGUUUGCAGAUUAAGAACUCAGUUCAUCCUGCCCCAUGCUGAGUUCUGUGCUGGACAAUCAAAAGCAAGCAGUGACUGUAGCCUAGAACUCUUCCCACAGUAGGCUGGUGAAGCCCGUGCUUGGUAGGGAAUAGAAGCUACUAGUUUCUAUUAGAGCGCAUUCUAGUUUUUCUAGAUUGGCAGAAACUGAGUAUGCCUUCCUGUGGGAGAAUGUGAUAUAGUUGUGUCACCUGACAUUUCCCAAGCCUUGUUUAGUCAGUCAGCCCAACCUGUAGUGAUCCAAGCCCUUGCUAGCCUAGGUAUCUGUUAGAGACCAAGCCUCUGUUAGGGAGGAAAUAGAAUGGAGUAAUUGAUCCUUGUUUUUGUCAGUUUGUUUGCCUUACUCAUUUCUAAGUGCAAUAAGGAGGUAUCUCACAGGACUGCACCUGUUACAUUCAGAUUGAUGCUUCCCUGUGAUCCUGGAGCAAGGGUGGACAGAUUUGGGCCCCUCAGAAUGGUUAGCUCUUUUGAGACCAGAUGUCCUGUUACAGAAGCCUCUUCUGUAUUAUUCCUCACCUUGUGGAGUCUUUAGGAACACACUUGGGGCAUCUUGGUUGGUGAUUAGCAUCUCAGCUGCUAUAGUAGUAUGGGAAAACUGGAGAAGAGGCAUUCCUAACAGAGAAAAAUAGAAGUUCUCCUACAAGCUCUGUACUACCUGCCAAUCAUAUUUGUGCUUACAGAUUUUCCUUCUUCAUUGACUAGGUUGAAGUCCAGAUGUGGGUUAUCUUGAGAGAAACUCUAAGCAAACAGUUGUUUAUGUGGUGUGAGGUCAGAGGAAGUUUGUCUCCAGCACUUCUUUGCGAUCCACACACAUCAGUCCCAUCAGCUCCAGUCAGGCUUGCUCUUAUCUGCCUUUGCUCUAGCUCCUCCUGCCUCCCACCUGUUGCUCACGUGUGAAAGCAUCCAAAUGUUACGAACUAGAAUUUCCUGAGAUCAGCCUGGAUUUAGGGCUCCUGCCCACAUAAACACAAAAUAGGGAUGUCCCUGGUCUGUCCCAUCCCCAUGGAUGGUGUUGCUGCUGGGCAAGGUUGGCUUGUAACUAUCCUCCUCCCCACCCCCACCCCACCCCCGCAAAACAAAACAAAAAGACCUGACUCUCACUCAGAGGCUCAAGUCUGUGAUACUCCCGUUAGACUUCCAGGGCCCUGCAGCAAACUAAAAGCAGUGAUGCCUCUGCACAAGGCCUCUUGCCUCUGGCCUCCCUGUGGAGAGGCACUGGGGAGGGACAGGACGGGUCAGAGUUGUGGGCGUGUGGAUAUCCUUCCAAGUUCUCCUUUUCCAGUCCCUGCUGGGACCCUGACUGACUUGGGGUGGUUCUUAGUGCUGCUUCUUUUACAAACCACACUUUGUAGAGCUGACUAGAUAACCGUGUUGAUUUAAUGUGAGUUUGUGCCUUUUUGUCUCAAUCUUCCAAUGCAGGUAUAUUGGGAAAAAGCAGUCUAAUAAAAUCCUAGACAGA